UAGCAAAGAGGAGACAGACAGACUCACACGCCGCGGCCACUCUCUCUCUCUCUCUCUCUAAAACAAAAACAAUAACCUCUCACACUUCACACUUCACUUCUUCACUCUCUCUGUCUCACACACUCACAUUUUAUUUUGACGCACAGACUCUCACUCGCUCACUAUCACUAAACAGAGUAACCAUUUUUUUUUUUUUUUUAUUUUAUUAAACCCCUUUGCAAAAAAAAAAAAAAAUUAGGGAGUGAGCGAGCGAGUGAGUGGUCAGAUCAGUUGGUAGCGGCGGCGAAUCGGAAGCGAUGAACGCCGCCACGACGACGUACGGGUCUAUACUGGAGAAACCCCUAAAGCAGCUGACUGAGGAAGACAUUUCUCAGCUCACCCGCGAGGAUUGCCGCAAAUAUCUCAAAGACAAAGGAAUGCGAAGGCCGUCGUGGAACAAAUCGCAGGCGAUCCAACAAGUGAUUUCCCUUAAAGCUCUCCUUGAACCUUGCGACGACGACGACGUUUCCGCCACUCAUAACCUUCGGAGGAGGGUUGUUCCUCCUCAAUCGCAACCCGGCCACGGGACUUCGAAUUCGGUUGAUUCGGUUGAGGAACCAAGUCCGGAUGUCCAGGUUUCGGUAUCGGCGGAAGAGCCACAUGGGAGAAUGGAUCCUCCGAAAUUGGGUCCUUCAGGAGAGCUACCCUGUGUCGACACUGAUAACAAUGCCAUUAGUCCAAGGAGUCCAUGUGCAACAAAUGGAGCAGUGGGUCAAAUGACAAUUUUCUACUGUGGCAAGGUGAACGUGUAUGAGGGAGUGCCCCCUGAUAAGGCACAGGCAAUCAUGAACCUAGCAGCAAGUCCAGUUCAUUUGCCUCAGGAUGAUACAAUUGGUAGACCUGGAGGUCUUUGGUCCUUUCCAUACCAUUUACCAGCACCAAAUGAUAAAGAUCACCUUAUUCCUCCUAGUACCACAAUCUCGCAGAUGAUGCAAACGGAGAAGAUGACAGAAUAUUCUCAGCAGUAUAGGGAGAAAGGGAACAUUACUCGUGACCCUGAUGUAGAGGGUCAGGCAAACCGAAAAGUCUCGCUGCAGAGAUAUCUUGAAAAGCGGAAAGACAGGGGAAGAUUAAAGAGCAAGAAAAGUACAGGACUGCCUUCUUCAAGCUUGGAGAUGUAUUUGAACCAUCAAGUGAGGACAAACACCCCAAAUGGAAAUUCAAGCCGGAGUAGCACUAGCUCUCCACCCCAGCACGGACUACCACCAGCCUUGAGUAACUCUAGCAACAAUCAGCCAAAGAGUGCUGGUCUUGCUGUUGAUCUCAAUGACAAAGAUGCUCAAGAAUGCUGAAUUUGAACAAUCAGAUGGUAUUGGCAAUUAAAUAGAGACCCUACUUAGAUAGUCACUUUGCCAAACAUCAAAGAAGGGAAAGGGGGAACCAACUUGUCAGCCUCAUACAGGCCCGCAUUUUGCAUGAUUUGGGCUGGCUUUGUGGACAGUGAAAGUUUUUACUGUCUAUUUCUGGAGAUGCUGCUUGGAGGAUCCACUUUUCUAAAUGUUAUGAGGUGACACUCACCUGAUCAAUUUUGUAAUGUCAAGAAUCAUUUUACCGUCCUUAGGAAUUUCUCUUUUUUCGAGGGUAGAGCCGCAAGCAGCCAUUUUCUGUUCACUAUGUAAAUGUAUGCUAUCUUUUGUUAUGGUAAUAGCUUAUUCUACAAGUUGAAGUAGUUGUAUUCUUUA